GACUCCAUUCGCUCCUCUCUUUCUUCCUCGCUCUCAGUACGCAGUUGAAAGUAGAAUUAACCAAAAGAACUCUCUCUCUCUCUCUCUGAAUAGAAUUUGCGUAUAUAUACGCAACUCGCUUUCCCUUUCUUUUAAAAUACUAGAAUUUUCACCUGUCGAUGCUCUUUGGAAACCCUAACUCACCGAUCCAUAAGAGUUCGACUCGGUCGAGUUACAGCCAUGGCUAACAAUCAGACGGACGGCUCAUCCGACGACUUCUUGGAACAAAUCUUGGGGUUUCCAUCUUACGCUGCUUCCGACACUAAUUUGGCGGGAACUGCUGCUCCGAUGAUGCUCCAGCUGAGCUCCGGCGACGGCUCGGCUCAUCUUGGCGGCGUUGGAGUUGGUGGUAGUGGUGGUGGGUUUCAUGGAGGAGUGUUUCCCUUAGGGUUGAGUUUGGAACAAGGAAAAGGCGGCUUUGUGAAGAUGGACGAGGCUUCUGGGAGUGGGAAAAGAUUUCGCGACGACGUUGUUGAUAGCAGAGUUUCUUCUUUGAAACCGGGUUUUCAUGGCCAGCCUAUGCCUAGCCCAGUACCUGCAAUGCCGCAUCCGCCUGCAAUGCGUCCCAGGGUGCGGGCAAGACGAGGACAGGCUACGGAUCCACACAGCAUUGCUGAACGAUUGCGUAGAGAAAGAAUAGCAGAACGAAUUAGGGCAUUGCAAGAACUGGUUCCUAGUGUCAAUAAGAGUGAUAGAGCUGCAAUGCUUGAUGAGAUUGUAGACUAUGUGAAGUUCCUGAGGCUUCAAGUGAAGGUAUUAAGCAUGAGUAGACUUGGUGGAGCUGGUGCGGUUGCACCCCUUGUGACAGAUAUGCCAAUAUCAUCAGUGGAGGAGGAAGUCAGUGAAGGUGGAAGAUCCCAACCAGCCUGGGAGAAGUGGUCGAAUGAUGGCACAGAGAAACAGGUGGCUAAACUCAUGGAAGAAAAUGUUGGGGCUGCUAUGCAGCUCCUCCAAUCCAAGGCACUCUGCAUAAUGCCCAUCUCACUUGCUUCGGCAAUAUACCACACACAACCACCAGACACAACCACACUCGUCAAGCCUGAAACAAAUCCCCCUUCAUAAAACCCUGGAAAGGCCACAGAUCCCCUGUUUCCAUUUAUAUAUCCUGUAAGUCAUCAGAGUCCCCAACUCUUAUUGCCCUGGCCCAACCCCACAAAACCAGUUCUCUCUCUCUCUUUUGAUUGCAAUCAAAGUCAGAUGCCACUUUCCACCUUUUGCCUUUAUUUCCAGCUUUAUUCAAGACACGAUUUGAUGUCAUGCUUAAAAUAAUUCAGACCCACCCUUCUUGUCUUUGCUAGAUUCAAGUAGAGGAGAAAUUGUCAAAGCUUUAUUGAUAUGCUGUGUUUUUGUGUCAAUGGUGGGAGUAGUGCUUCAUGAUGGAAGCACUUCUGUAGUUGGGGUGUAGUGGGAUGUGGGGUCUUUAAAAUUUAAAAGGGGUGGCCUUGUAUAUAUUUAUGUAAUUUUGAUUAUAGUAUUUGUAUUGAAUUUAGGAACCUAAUUUGGAGUUUUAAUAUGUUGGUGUCAUUGGAUUGGCUGGGGAUUCAAUCUAAUGUUUAGAGACACUAUCAAUCCAAUGAUGAGAGUGUAUUACGUCUCCAAAUUAGUUUUAAUAACAUUGCUUGUGAUUUUAAUGUAUUUUAGAGCAUUUGGAAUGCAGAGUUAGAAUGGAUAAUGGUUAGCUAUCCUAAAAAGCUGGACUCAGUAGUGCAGGAGAAAUCAAUUGUUA